GACAAAGAGGAGUUUGUAAUUGGCAACCAUGUGUUCUUCAUUCAGUAGGCUACCGAAGGAAGCGAGCAUGUGAAGACCACAAUGUAGUGGCAACAUGUUAAUGCGUCAAUAGGGAAAGGUCCAAACAAACGGAUGGAUUACCAACAAAAGAAAAAACUGUCAUUUCUCACCAUUGGACUUAUAUUUUUAAUGAGUGGCAUUGAAUAUGCUGUCAUCCUUCCUACAAUAUGGAAGUACCUUCAGAUACUUGAUGCCCCUGCAUACUUUCUUGGGUUGGGUCUCUCAGCAUUCAGUUUAAGUGGAUUGUUAUCAGGACCAUUAUUUGGGCAUUGGUCUGACCGCACUCGAACUACAAAGACCAUCCUCCUCCUCUCCAAUGUAUUUGAGAUAGUAGGUAAUUUCAUGUAUUUCAUGGGCUAUUCAAAAUGGCUGCUGUUAUCAAGUCGACUUGUUGCAGGUAUCGGUGCAGGAGCGGGUUCUUCCAUCUUCGGGUACCUGACGCGCCACACAGUCUCAGAGGAUCGUGCUCGCGUCUUUGCCGCUGUCAUGGCGUGCCGUCAGGCUGGCCUCCUCAUUGGUCCGGCAUUUAACAUCUUUCUGAGGCUGUGUGACUUCAAACUCGGGCCCUUCGUGGUGAACAAGUACACGUCUCCCGGGCUCUUCAUGUGUGUGAUGUGGCUGCUGCUGCAGCUGGUGGUGGUGUUCAUGUACUGGGACCUGCCGCCCGCGGAGAGCAGCGAGCUGCAGACGGUGGUCCGACACAAGCAGCCCAAGCAGCAUCCGCAGCAGGACGGGGAAGAGGAAGAGGAGCCUCUGAUGGGAGCGGAGGAGCUGGCCGACACCUACGGGGCUGUCAGCGUCGAUGCUGAGGCGCAGUCGGAGGAGACACCCUUCUCCCCCGAGCGGCUCUCCUCCUCUCCUCGCUCCCGCUCCCCUUCCCCUCCGCCCCCUCCCUCUCCGACCGAGGAGGCCCCUCCACCGCCACCCAACACUCCACCUGAUCCCUUUGAAGACUUCAGCAUCAGGAAAGAGUUCCUGAGAGAAGAAGUUAUAGUGCUUCUCACUGCGCAAUUUAUAACACUCUUCAACCAGACUGCGUUAGAGACUAUGGUGACCCCGAUGACCCAGCGCUACUUCGGCUUCGGGGAGCUUGGCAACAGCGUGAUGUACUUCCUGUGCGGCAUCGAGGUGAUCCUGGGCUUCUUCUUCGUGCGUUGGCUGAGCCGUCGGGUGGCCGACCGCGCCGUGCUGUCCGUGGGGCUGGUCAUCUGUGCCGUAUCCUGCGUCUGGUGCCUCAUCUUCCUCGCCAAGCCACGAGGGGGGUACACGGCGGAGCUGGCCGAGUUCACCGUCGGCGUUUUCCUGCAGCUGCUCGGGCUCCCCUUCGUCGCCGUGUCCCAGGUGUCCCUCUUCUCCAAAGUCACCGCAGAGAAGACGCAAGGCUUCAGCCAGGGUGUGCGGCGCUCCAUAGGGGGUGUGGCCACCAUCCUGGGCCCCCUGUGGGCGGGAGGCCUGACGGGGAACCUCUACAUCAUGCUGGGCAUGAUGAUGGCUCUCCUCCUUGUUAUCCUGGUGAUGAUAGUGCUCUCCUAUGACCGUCUGGUGGAGCCCCCUGUUGUCCACCAUGCGUCAGACAGCACGGAGAGUGAGGGCUAGAGCAUCGGCCCCACACCAAGACACAGGGGGAAGACGGUCGGGGGGGAAACUCCAUGUGUCUGGGGCAGGCUGGAGGGUCUGGAGAGGAGCAGAUGCUGGAUCGGUGGGAGGCGAGCGCUGACGCCAGAGGCACCGCCACUCUCAUGGUUACCCCGGCACUCACUCGCAACCCUGGCUGUGGUAAAGGUCUCUCGCCCACCGCAGCCCACCCUCAGGAUCACAGCACUUUACUGAGACUGACAUGUUGCGGAGUUAUUUAUGCCCUUGAGUUUCACCAAGUCUUCCUAAGUGUUUGUUUUGCGUUUUUUUUCCCUUUCUUUUUUCUUUCUUUUAAAAAAAAAGGAAUGUCAUAGUAUGUGGUUUGUUAAUAUAUACCAUGGACAGCCACUUGAGGGCGCACUUACUUUGAGUUUUUUUUACACAGCAGACUGCUGUUCAUGCGAAUGUCUGUAUGGGUAUUUCAUGUGGGUGUUGGUCUGUCUGUCUCAUUUGGUUUGUGAGUGUGUGUGUGAGAGUAUGUAUGUGUGUGGAUGUAUCCAGAUAACACUGUGUCCCUGUGUGCAACACAUGCAAGGCACAUCAAAUCUGUGUUAAAAAUGAUAUUGCCCUGGUAUUUAUGACCACAUAGACACAUAUUUUUUCAUCCACAGAUGAAAACAAUCCUUAAUAUAAUUUUUUGCCUAAAACCUAAAAAUGAUAUCAUCUUAAAUAUAUUUUGAAACCUGCACCAUUUGUAUAAAAACUGAGAAAAUUUUCAGAAUUGUAUGUGAAGCGUUUCCCUGUGUGAAUUGGAAUAAAUCCUUGCCUCAUCAGA